AUGCAUAGAGAAUUUCCGCCCCAAAAUUUCAUUUGCAUUCUUACAAUUUGGUUGCUUCUUUAUUCUUGUUUUUUUUUUCUUUGGCUGGGAAAAUUUUUUUUUACAACCCUAAAUAAAAGAUUUCUUAUAUUAAUAACCACUAUCCACCACCAUUGCCAGUCGCCCAUAAUUUCAUUAUUCAAUCGCUUAAUAGGAAAGAAAUUGUUGGAUGGAGUUACUCAUAUUACAAUGACGAAAUUUAAUUCACCAUUUAUUAAACAAACUUCAUUUGAAGUUGAUUAUGCUCCCACUCAUAUCACCAAAUGGAAAUCUCAAAGAACUGGAUUACAAUUAACUUAUAUUAAUCAACCAUCUCCCAUAGUUAAUGGAUAUUUUGCUGUUGCUACAGAAAUUUUUGAUAGUUCUGGUGCACCACAUACUUUGGAACAUUUAAUAUUCAUGGGAUCAAAAAAGUUUCCUUAUAAAGGAUUAUUGGAUAAUUUAGGUAAUAGAUUAUAUUCAUCAACAAAUGCUUGGACAGCAGUAGAUCAAACCGUGUAUACUUUGAGAACUGCUGGUUGGGAAGGUUUCAAAACAUUAUUACCGAUAUAUCUUGAUCAUUUAAUUAAUCCAACAUUAACGGAUGAAGCAUGUUUAACUGAAGUUUAUCAUAUUGAUGGUAAAGGAGAAGAAAAAGGAGUUGUAUUUAGUGAAAUGCAAGGGAUGGAAAAUCAAUCAUGGUUUAUUCUAUACAAAAAGAUGCAAGAAACUUUAUAUGAUAAGAAUUCAGGGUAUUCUUCAGAAACUGGUGGGUUAAUGUCAGAAUUACGUCAUUUAACUAGUGACAAAAUCCGUGAAUUUCAUAAAUCAAUGUAUAGACCAGAGAACUUGUGUGUUAUAAUUACUGGAUCAAUUGAUCAAGAUGAAUUAUUAGAGAUUAUGACCGAAUUUGACAAUGAAUUGCCUUCAUCAACCAAUAUGGGGACUUUUAAACGACCAUUUGUUGAUUCUAAACAUGAUGAGCCACUCGAGGAAGUAAUUGUUAAAGAAGUUGAAUUUCCGGAAAAUGAUGAAACCAUUGGUGAACUAUCAAUUUCUUGGAUUGGACCAGUGUGUAAUGAUACAUUAACUAAUCUUGCCGUUGAUAUGGUGGGUGCAUAUUUCUCUGAUAGUCCUAUUUCAAUUUUCAAUAAAAAUUUGAUUGAAAUUGAACAUCCAUUAGCCACUGAAGUCUACUACGAUACUGAUGACUUUUACCGUACCGCAUUAAAUUUCAAUUUUGGCGGUGUCCCCACGGAAAAUUUACAAGAAUUAGAUACUAAAAUUAAACAAUUACUUAAAGAGCAAACCACCCCUAAUAAAAUUGAAUUAGAAUAUAUGAAACAAAUAAUAGAACAACAGAAAUUGAAAUUUAUUGCUAAUGUUGAAAAUUCUGCUUCACUUUUUUCUGAAAUGGCCACAUUAGAAUUUAUUUAUGGUGCCACUGAUGGAUCAGAUUUAUCUAAAUGGACUAAAGAUUUAAAAGAAUUUGAAAUUUUAAUGGAUUGGACACUGGAACAAUGGAGCCAAUUAAUUGAUACUUUUUUCGUUCAAAAUAAAUCAGCAACAAUUUUGGGUAAACCAUCAUCAAAAUUGAAUGAAUCAAUGAAAUUACAAAAUAAACAAAUUUUAGAAGAUAUUAAAACCAAGUAUGGUGAAGCAAAAUUGGCAGAUUUACAAUUGAAAUUAGAAGCUGCCCAAAAAAUCAACGAUAAACCAAUCCCUGAUGAAUUAAUAACACAAUUCCCUGCUCCAGACCCACUGAAAAUUUCGUUUAUUCAUACAAAGUCAUACAAGGCAGGGAACAUUAAAAACGGAAUAGUUGAUAAUUCAACUAAUCAGUAUAUUGAUAAUGAUGAUAUUAGUAAAUUAUUACAAAAAGAUACACCAACAACUGAUUUCCCAUUGUUUAUUCAUUUUGAACAUUUCAAAUCACAAUUUGUUACUAUUCAAUUAGUAAUGUCAUCGAAAACAAUCGAUGGCAAUCUUUUAAGUUAUAUGUCAGUAAUGGAAGAAAUUUUUUCCUUGUCAAUAGAAAUACCUAAAGAAGAUGGUAGUGUUGAAUAUAUUCCUUAUGAGAAAGUUAUUGCUGAUAUUAAUAGAGAUUUAAUUGAACAUCAAUUGGAUAAUGGAUUUGAUGAUCAAUUUUUAGAGUUAAUAACUGUUAAAAUUAAAUUCGAAAUUAAAAAUUAUCAAAAAGCCAUUAAUUGGUUAUAUAAUAUAACUAAUCAUGUUAAAUUCGAGAUGAAUCGUAUUAGAAUAAUUAUUGAAAAAAUAAUCAAUUCAUUACCUGAAAAGAAACGUAAUGAUGAAUUAAUGAUGCAUUCAUCACAAUGUCGUCAUUUAUUUAAUGAAAACUCAUUGAGAAAAGCUCAAGAUUCGAUAUACACUGAGUCAUUUUAUAAGAAUUUAUUAGAAAAAAUUGACAAUCAAGAUAAUGGAUUUGAAGAAAUUGAAAAAGAUUUAAAUAAAUUUAAGCAACAAUUAUUUCAAUUGGAUAAUAUUAAAGUGAUAAUUUUAGGUGAUGUUACUAAAUUAAAAAAUCCAGUGAGUAGUUGGAAUCGAUUUAUAAACCCUCCACCACCACGACCUACCACUACUAAAACUUCUUCCAAAAUUAUCCCAUUCAAAGAUUUACCCAAAUCUUAUCAAUAUCGAUCAUCAUUAGGUGAAUCCUGUCAUGGAGAAGCAUUUGUUGUUAAUAUCCCUAGUGCUGAUUCUACUCAUUUAACAAGUAUAACCAAAAUUCCUCAUGGUAAUUAUCUUGAUGAAGAUAUUUUCCGAAUUGCUCUUGCCACAGAACUUUUAACUGUUAUGGAAGGACCAUUUUGGAAAGCAAUUAGAGGUGCCGGGUUAGCUUAUGGAGUUCAUAUGAACCGUAAUAUUGAAACUGGAUAUUUAAGUUUUGUUAUUUAUCGAGGUUCAGAUUGUAUUCAAUCUUGGUGUAAAGCUAAAACCAUAAUUGAACAAUAUAUCAAUGGUGAAUUAUUGGUUGAUGAAUUAAGUAUAAGCAAUGCUAUUAAUUCCUUAAUUAAUGAAUUGAUUAAUAAUCAUAAUAAUAAUCAAUAUAAUACUGCCGUUGCUAAAAUUAGUGAUAAUAUUUUUAAGAAUCGUGGACCAAAUUAUAUUGAAUUUUUCAUUAAAAAAUUACAUAAAUUUAAAAAUAAUGGUAAUUAUCAAGAUGAAAUUAUAUAUAUAUUGAAAAAAUAUUUUAUUAAAUUAUUUGAUGCUAAUCAUUCAACAAUUUUUACAAGUUUACCAACAGAUAAAAUUGAAACUGUGGCAGGGUUUUUUAAUAAACAAGGGUAUAAUAUAAAUGUCGAAGAUAUUGGAUCAGAAGAAUAUUCUGAGGAAGAAGAAGAGGAAGGGGAAGAGUAUAGUGGUUCUGAGGGGGAAGGAAAUGAAUCAGAUUAG